AUGACAAGUGCUUUAUACAAUAGUGCUGCGAGUGAGACGACAAAAAAAUUGUAUCUCAACGCCGAAUUCGCCGACAUAAAUUUUCUAUUCAAAAAAGAUGAUGACUUCAUUGACGCUACAAAGCUACCAGCAAAUAAAGCAAUUUUGGCUGUGCUAAGUCCAGUGUUCAAUACGAUGUUCUAUGGGUCGAUGAAAGAAAAAGGCGACGUUAAAAUUGUUGAUGCUGAUGUAAACGCAUUCAAAGAGUUUUUACAAUUUUUUUACUUGACUGAAGUGAAAUUAACGAUGGAAAACAUUGAAGCUGUUGCACGUCUAGCCGAUAAAUACGAUAUUAUUGAUUGUGUCAACGCGUGUGCUACAUUUCUCGAAGGUCAAUUGACAAUGGAUAAUAUGAUCUGGGGCUAUCAAUUGGCGGUAUUCCUAAAAAAUGACGCAUUAAUUGAAUUUUGUGAGAAAAAAAUCGGCGAAUCGCCAAAAACUGUUUUUGUAUCGGACGCAUUUUUACGUUGUGACAAACAAACACUUGAACAUAUCUUGGAAUUGAAUCUUACCUGUAGCGAAUUGGAUAUUUUCAAUGCAUGUUUAAUCUGGGCUAAGCACGCGUGCAAUCAAAAUGGUUUGGAUGAAAAUAAUCUGGAGAAUUUCAAGGUUCAACUGGGCGAUUGUCUCAAAUCGAUUCGAUUUGAUGAAAUGAAAAUCGAUGAAUUUACAAUGCUUUAUGUAAGUUAUAAGGCACUAUUUACAGCAGACGAAUUCGAAGAUAUUAUGCUUUCUUUAACAGUGAAGGAAUACAAACCGAAAAUUUUCAUACGAAAUCCAAGACGAUACACAUGGAAUCGUGAUCGAAUUUUAUACUGCAAACGAAAAUGCACAUCUGGAAUACAACAAAAAGCACUUCAUAUGCCAGAAAGAGUUUCAUUCACAUCAAAUAAUCCGCUGUUGCUUGGGGAAAUUAACACAUUUUCAUUAGUAGGUUCUUAUAAUUAUGAUAUGCAUAGUAAUUCGGUGAAAAUUACUAUCACCGAACUUGAAAGUCACACAUUUCAUUCAAACUCACCGAAAAAAAUUCUGUACGAAGGCAUCGCAAAAAGUUGGAUCAACAACCAAAUGAAUUUUACAUUACCAGAACCGAUUUUAAUCAAACCACAAAUUUUAUAUGAGAUUCAAUUGGAGCUAUCGUGCUAUUUUAGCUUCAGUUCUUCUAUAUUGAAACCAAUUGUUGAAAUGGACGGCGAAUUGAUUAUUCAUUUUCACAGAAAUCCAUCGCUGGACUAUGAUAACUCAUGCUGCAGUUGGGUCUCGCAGAUCGGAUUCAAUAGAAUUUGA